GCGGCGGCGGCGCCGGCGGCGGCGCGGGUGGAGCGCUCGGGGGCCACGGGCGGCGGCGGCGGCGGCGUAGCGGAGGAAGGCGGCGGCUCCCCCCCGGCCAGCGCGCAGACCGGUCCGUCCCGCGAGCUCGCGGCGGCCCCGCGUCCCGGCGCGCCCCCGGCCCCGGGACCCUCCGCCGCCUCCGCCGCCGCCAUGGCCCGGCCACUGGUGCCCAGCUCGCAGAAGGCGCUGCUGCUGGAGCUCAAGGGGCUGCAGGAGGAGCCGGUGGAGGGCUUCCGGGUGACGCUGGUGGACGAGGGCGACCUGUACAACUGGGAGGUGGCCAUCUUCGGGCCUCCCAACACCUACUACGAGGGCGGCUACUUCAAGGCUCGCCUCAAGUUCCCCAUCGACUACCCUUACUCUCCACCAGCCUUUCGGUUCCUGACCAAGAUGUGGCACCCAAACAUCUAUGAGACAGGGGACGUAUGCAUCUCCAUUCUCCACCCACCUGUUGAUGACCCACAGAGUGGGGAGCUGCCCUCGGAGCGGUGGAACCCCACACAGAACGUCAGGACCAUCCUCCUGAGUGUGAUCUCCCUGCUCAACGAGCCCAACACCUUCUCACCGGCCAAUGUGGAUGCCUCUGUGAUGUACAGAAAGUGGAAAGAGAGUAAGGGGAAGGACCGGGAGUACACGGACAUCAUCCGGAAGCAGGUCCUGGGGACCAAGGUGGACGCAGAGCGCGAUGGCGUGAAGGUGCCCACCACGCUGGCCGAGUACUGUGUGAAGACCAAGGCGCCGGCGCCCGAGGAGGGCGCGGACCUGUUCUACGAGGACUACUACGAGGACGGGGAGGUGGAGGAGGCAGACAGCUGCUUCGGGGACGACGAGGACGACUCGGGCACCGAGGAGUCCUGACACCUCGUCCACCGAAUAAACUCUCAGAUUUUACCUCAUGGGACGGACGCUGGCUCUCUCGACAGGCUACCUCACGGCACUGCCUUGCCCUGCUCUGGGCGUCGCGUUUGGGUGUCCUUCCUUCCCCGUGCGGUUCUGGGUUUUCCUCCUUCAGAGAAGAGCAGCGGGCUUCGGCUUGCCGGCCCCCUCCUGGGAUGGCAGAGCCAGCAGAGCCGCAGCAGCCAGGGUCCUGGGCGGGCCCCAUCCAGCAGCUUCGAGGCUGGGGUCCUAGCUCCUGAAUGGACGGACUGCUUUGAGGUCACCUCCUUUCUGCUGUGGUUUGUUUGAAAUCUAAAUAAAACUGCCUGUGAGAAGGCAGACCACUCCUCCUUCAGGGAGGCACCAGGGCCAAGGUCAUCACACUGCUGGUCCCUUGUGCCUCCACAGUGGGCCAAGGUGGGGUUGGGCAGAGCCAUGUCCCUGGGCUUGAUGGUCACCUCUGCAGCCCAGGAAAUGGGGUAGCCAGGGAACCCCCUAGUUGCAUUUAAGGGAAAGGGCCCCAUCCACAGAAGCCAGUUUCCUCUGCACUUAUGAAAUGGCCCUUCCUGGAUGCUCAGGGCCCGGGGUGGACUCUGGUGCUUCCCAAGGGUGCCUCACACUGGUGGCAAGUGGGACA